UAUCAAUGGAAGAAAGAAAAGGGAAACGAUCACAAAACUGGAGUAGUGGGGAAGAGGUGGCCCUAAUAGAGGGCGUCAAACAACGUGCGGACACGUUGUUUGGGCCUUUUAAAGGAAGUGGGGCGAGGGGGAAACAGAAGGAAUUACGGGAGAGGGAGUGGCAAUGCAUUGCCGACGCUCUGAACUCACAAUUUGAUAGCAAGAGAAGGGAUACACAAGGGGUGAAGAAGUAUUACAACAUCAAAUCAAGAAGCAAAGAGAAAUUAGAUGGAAUGAAGAGACCCAAAACUGGUGGAGGUCCACCACCCCCACCAUUUACUCCUGGAGAGGAGACAUUUCUUCAGCUCUCUAUUGGUGAACCACAUUUGGAAGGCCUGGAGGGAGGGAUAGACACAGAUGCUCCAACAACCAGUUCCAUCACAGUCCAACUCCCUGAAAAUCCCAAUAAGGAAAAUGUGGAAAGAAAUGCACAAGAUUUAGAUUCUUUGUUUAACACCCAAACAAGGCAAGAAGCUGGCACAUCAUCUGUUAGCCACAAUAGAAAAGAAAAGAAAGACUUCUGGUUUUCACAUAUCAAGCUUAAGGCAUUUCCACCAUCACAAUUUUAA